CGCGCAUGUUGACUUGACCCCAACCUCUGCACGCCUCCCCCCGCGAGAGAUGCCCUGCUCGCAGUGAGCCGCCCGCGCCGACAGCCCAUCUAAUCCACGCCGCCGCGAAGCUGGAGGUGCCCGCCCGCCCGCACCAUAACGUCAAGGGCGCAUUGCGGACUGGACCCUGAUAUUGGAACGGCCCGCAGCACAGCGGAGGAAAGCAACACAACGCCGCCAUGGCGCACAUCUUUGAUAUCGGCACACGGGCAUGGCAGCCCGACACGACCGAGGGCUGGGUGGCCUCGGAGGUCACGGACAAGCGAAUCGACGGCGAGAAAGUGACGCUGGUCUUCCAGCUGGAGAACGGGGAGAGCAAGUCGGUCGAGACGACAGUGGUCGCCAUCCAGACGGGCAAUGACCCCAAUCUGCCGCCGCUGAUGAACCCGGCCAUGCUCGAGGCCAGCGACGACUUGACCAACCUAUCGCAUCUCAACGAGCCGGCCGUGCUCCAGGCCAUCAAGCUGCGCUAUCUGCAGAAUGAAAUCUACACCUACUCCGGCAUCGUCCUGAUCGCGGCGAAUCCCUUCGCCCGUGUCGACUCGCUCUAUGUCCCCGGCAUGGUGCAGGUUUAUGCCGGCAAGCAGCGCUCCUAUGGCGCCCCUCACUUGUUCGCCAUUGCCGAAGAGGCAUUUGCCGACAUGUUGCGAGACCAGAAGAACCAGACCAUCGUCGUCUCCGGAGAGUCUGGUGCGGGUAAGACCGUCAGCGCCAAAUACAUCAUGCGAUACUUUGCCACGCGCGAGUCCCCCGACAACCCAGGCAAGCGGCGAGGCAAGAUCGACUCCAUGUCCGAGACAGAGGAGCAGAUUCUGGCUACGAACCCUAUCAUGGAAGCUUUUGGUAACGCCAAAACUACGCGAAACGACAACUCGUCCCGUUUCGGUAAAUACAUUGAGAUUCUGUUCAACAAGCAGACGGACAUUAUCGGCGCGAAGAUCAGGACAUACUUGCUCGAGCGGUCGAGGUUGGUGUUCCAGCCGCUUAAGGAGCGGAAUUACCACAUCUUCUACCAACUCGUGGCUGGUGCCACUGACGCUGAGCGCCAGGAGCUGUCUCUGAAACCCGUCGAGGAGUUCAGCUACCUCAACCAGGGCAGCGCACCCAUCAUUGAUGGCAUGGACGACAAGGCCGAAUUCGAGGCGACAAAGAGUUCCCUGACCAAGAUUGGUGUCCCGCAGGAGACACAGUCACAGAUCUUCCGCCUGCUUGCGGCUCUGUUGCAUAUGGGAGACGUCAAGAUCACGGCGACACGUACAGACUCGAACCUGGCACCAGACGAGCCUUCGCUGUUGAAGGCUUGCGGUCUUCUUGGCAUCGAGGCUGCUAGCUUCGCGAAGUGGACAGUAAAGAAGCAGCUGAUCACAAGAGGAGAGAAGAUUGUCUCGAAUUUGACACAACAGCAGGCUGUGGUCGUACGAGACUCGGUUGCCAAGUUUAUCUACUCGAGUAUGUUCGACUGGCUGGUCGAGCGCACCAACGAGAGCUUGGCCACGGAUGAGGUCCUUUCGCAGGCUCAUUCCUUCAUCGGUGUCUUGGAUAUCUACGGUUUCGAGCACUUCGCGAAGAACUCGUUCGAGCAGUUCUGUAUCAAUUACGCCAACGAGAAGUUGCAGCAGGAGUUCAACGCCCACGUCUUCAAGCUCGAGCAGGAAGAAUACAUGCGCGAACAGAUCGACUGGACUUUUAUUGACUUUGCGGAUAACCAGCCCUGUAUCGACCUGAUCGAGGGCAAGCUCGGUAUUCUCUCGCUGCUUGACGAAGAGUCGCGUCUUCCCAUGGGUUCAGAUGAACAAUUCGUCACCAAGUUGCACCACAACUACUCUGGAGAUAAGCACAAGUUCUACAAGAAGCCCCGAUUCGGCAAAUCUGCUUUCACCGUCUGUCAUUACGCUGUGGAUGUCACCUACGAGUCCGAUGGCUUCAUCGAGAAAAACAGAGAUACUGUGCCAGAUGAGCACAUGGAGGUGCUGAGAGCCUCGAGUAACAAGUUCUUGAUUGAGAUCUUGGACGUUGCAGCGUCGAUACGUGAAAAGGAGACUGCUCCCGCACCAAAGCCGGGUACCACAAUGUCGGCCGGCCGUAGGAUAACGACCAACAGGAAACCCACGCUGGGAGGCAUCUUCAAAUCUUCGCUCAUUGAGCUGAUGGCCACCAUCAGCGGUACCGACGUCCACUACAUUCGCUGUAUCAAGCCUAACGAGGCAAAGGCGGCCUGGCAGUUCGACGGGCCAAUGGUCCUGAGUCAGCUGCGUGCUUGUGGUGUCCUCGAGACGGUCAGAAUCAGUUGUGCAGGAUACCCCACAAGAUGGACGUACGAAGAGUUCGCUCUCCGCUACUACAUGUUGGUCAGGUCUGCGGAGUGGACACCAGAGAUCCGCAACAUGGCCAAGGCCAUUCUCAAUAAGGCGCUGGGUAACGGCAAGAACGAUGGCGCCGAUAAGUACCAGAUGGGUCUUACCAAGAUCUUCUUCCGCGCUGGUAUGCUUGCGUUCCUCGAGAACCUGCGAACAGCGAGGUUGUACGAUGCUGCUGUCAUGAUUCAGAAGAAUCUCAGGGCUAAGUACUACCGUCGCAUCUACUUGGAAAUGCGGACCGCCAUCGUUUCUGUGCAGUCUCUUGCCCGAGGCUACAUGACAAGGGAACGUGCUGAGGAGGCUAGGCAAGUCAAGGCUGCCACCACCAUCCAGAGAGUGUGGCGUGGUUCCAAGGACCGCAAGCGCUUCCACAUCGUACGAAAGUCCGUUAUCCUGUUCGAAGCCGCCGCAAAGGGUUUCCUUUGCCGAAAGAACAUCUUGGACACAAGACUCGGCAACGCUGCUCGCAUCAUCCAGCGCACUUGGAGGUCGCAAAGAUCGCUCAAGGCUUGGAGGCAAUACCGCAACAAGAUUGUUCUUAUCCAGAGCUUGUGGCGAGGAAAGCAGGCACGAAAGGGCUACAAGACCCUCCGUGCCGAGUCUCGCGAUCUGAAGAACAUUUCCUACAAGCUGGAAAACAAGGUCGUCGAGCUCACUCAGACUCUUGGCUCAAUGAAGGAGCAAAACAAGAGUCUGAAGCAGCAGGUCGACAACUACGAGAACCAAAUCAGAUCGUACAAGGAGAGGAGCCGUGCUCUCGAGAACAGGCAGAAGGAGCUGCAGGUCGAGGCCAACCAGGCCGGUAUCACCGCAGCCAAGCUGAGCCAGAUGGAGGACGAGUUCAAGAAGCUGCAGACCAACUACGAGGAAAGCACCGCCAAGAUGCGACACCUUCAGGAGGAGGAGAAGCAGCUGCGUGCUUCCCUCAAGCAGACCACCGAAGAGCUGGACACCUCCAGGAGGAAGAGCAAUGUCACCGAGACCGAGAAGGUGUCUCUUCGUCAGCAACUCGCCGAGCUCCAGGAGCAGGUCGAGCUGAUGAAGCGCUCCGGACCCAUCAACGGUACCUUCGACAACAGCAACGCUCCCAUCGCGGCAAGCAGCCUGAUCAACCUUGUCUCGUCGAAGAAGCCCAAGAGGCGAAGUGCCGGACCCGACACCCGCGAUCUGGACCGCUUCAGCGCUACGUACAACCCCCGACCAGUCUCGAUGGCCGUUGGCUCGACUGUGCACAGGCAAAAUCUGUCUGGCUCUACGUUCGCGCAGCUUGAUAAUGUCGAGCUUGAGCUUGAGAACAUCCUGGCUGAUGAGGACAUGCUCAAUGAUGAGGUUACUCUUGGUCUCAUCAAGAACCUGAAGAUCCCAUCUCCCACUACCACUCCUCCUCCCACAGACAAGGAGGUUCUUUUCCCCGCCUACCUCAUCAACCUCGUCACCUCCGAGAUGUGGAACAACGGGUUUGUCAAGGAGUCCGAGCGAUUCCUUGCCAACGUCAUGCAGUCCAUCCAGCAGGAGGUCAUGCAGCACGAUAGCGAUGACGCCAUCAACCCUGGCGCAUUCUGGUUGUCAAACGUCCACGAGAUGCUCUCCUUUGUCUUCUUGGCUGAAGACUGGUAUGAGCAGCAGAAGACUGACAACUACGAGUACGACCGCCUACUCGAGAUUGUCAAGCACGACUUGGAGAGUCUUGAGUUCAAUAUCUACCACACAUGGAUGAAGGUGCUCAAGAAGAAGCUGCACAAGAUGAUCAUCCCCGCCAUCAUCGAGUCGCAGUCUCUCCCAGGCUUCGUUACCAACGAGAGCAACCGCUUCCUCGGCAAGCUCCUCCAGGGGAGCAACACUCCUGCAUACAGCAUGGACAACCUGCUCAGUCUGCUGAACAGUGUCUACAAGGCAAUGAAGGCCUUCUAUCUCGAAGACACAAUCAUCACGCAGUGUGUAACGGAGCUGCUCCGCCUUGUCGGCGUCACCGCCUUCAACGACCUGCUCAUGCGUCGCAACUUCCUCUCGUGGAAGCGUGGUCUGCAGAUCAACUACAACAUCACCCGCAUCGAAGAGUGGUGCAAGUCGCAUGACAUGCCCGAGGGCACUCUGCAGCUCGAGCAUCUGAUGCAGGCUACCAAGCUGUUGCAGCUUAAGAAGGCGACGCUGAACGACAUUGAAAUCAUCCAGGACAUCUGCUGGAUGCUGUCGCCUAACCAGAUCCAGAAGCUGCUCAACCAGUACCUUGUUGCCGAUUACGAGCAGCCCAUCAACGGCGAGAUCAUGAAGGCAGUCGCCAGCAGAGUCACCGAGAAGAGCGACGUCUUGCUCCUCACCGCCGUCGACAUGGAAGACAGCGGCCCCUACGAGAUCGCAGAACCCCGCGUCAUCACUGCCCUUGAGACAUACACGCCCUCAUGGCUGCAAACCCCCCGCCUCAAGCGACUCGCCGAGAUUGUCUCGCAACAAGCCAUCGCGCAGCAAGAGAAGAUGGAAUUCGACGCCAGCCCGAUUGAGAACGGGAACGGCAACGGCGUAGCCAACGGCAACGGCGCGAAUGGGUUCCACGAGCAGCCCAUCAUGGAGGAGGUUGGCGCGUAACGGCAAUUUGGUCCGCGUCCGCAUGCAUAACUUAUAGAUACGGAGUGAAUGAAGUGUAUGAGCGUUUGUUGGGUGUAGGUGUACGGCUCUUGGCGCACUUGUUCACCUGUUUUUUUGCUGUGGUGCGUGCGUGUGGUGAAGUGGAGGUCGUGUCUACACGGGCUGGACUUGGACUGGACGAAGGGGUUAAGUAUGUAAUGCCGUAUAAUGCCGGGAUCUUAUCGAUAUCUCCAU